CACUCCGGAGCAGCAGGCAGCGAUUUACCCGUUGUAUCCCUCUUUUACUGAACACGAAGAAGAAGCGAGGUUUCUUCCGCCUUCUUCCCGUGACGUAACUUCCUUUCUGUCCGUGCUAAGCUCCGAGUGAACACGCGUUCGCCUUCUAGCUCAAGAUGCGUUACGUUGCUGCUUACCUGCUCGCUGCCCUCGGUGGCAAUGAGAACCCCGAGGCCAAGGACAUCAAAAAGAUCCUGGAAAGUGUUGGCAUUGAGGCUGAUGACACACGCCUGGACAAGGUUAUCAGUGAGCUGUCAGGCAAGAAUGUGGAGGAGGUGAUCGCCACAGGUUACGGUAAACUGGCCAGCAUGCCAGCAGGCGGUGCCGUGGCCGUUGCCAGCUCUGCGGCUGCUGGCGCUGGCGGAGCUGCUGCCCCUGCAGCUGAGGAGAAGAAGGAAGAGAAGAAGGAGGAGUCUGAGGAGUCCGAUGACGACAUGGGAUUCGGCCUGUUCGACUAAACUCUUUUCAAACAUGAAUAAAAUUUAUACAAAACACCAAA